AUGUCAAACUCAACACCAACCACGGCGCCGGUGCCGCGCGUGGACUGGGCAGCCCUCAAAUCCUGGAUCGCCCAAAAGGAGGCCUUCGAGUCGCAACACGGCCAGCCGGCUCCCAUCUCAGACGAAGAAGCCAACGCCAUAGCAGUCAUCCUCCGGCCCCCGCCGCGCGCGGAGCCAACCCUCGGCGGCCAGAACUGGAUCGGCGCGCUCAACCACUGGCUUCAAUGCCGCUCCCAAAAGGCAACAUUCUCAGACGAAGCCCGCCAGGACCCUCGUCUCGGCAAGGCCCCCGAGCUCCGCUGGGCCUGCUUCGUCUCCUUCGACGCCACGAACGACAAGUUCCCCCGUCCAGGCCACGGCAUAGACCCGACCACGCCCAACGCCAAGAGCCCAGACUUCACGCGCAAGCAGGACGCGAAACAGUUCGCGGCAAAGUGCGCCUGCGAAUGGCUCAUCAGUAACGGCCAGAUGCUCCCCAGCGGCGAGCUGCCCAAGUUUCCUGCACCGUUCGGACCCGCCGCCGCCCCUCGGACGUCUCUCCCGCCAGCUCCCGCCGUCCUUCACGUCCCCGCGCCGGCCACCGCGUCCGUCCCGGCAAAGAGGGCCCCGUCGAGCUCACCCCCGAUUUCCAUCACGGACAUCCCGCGCGUGAAGCAGGAACCUCUCCCGUCGCGAUCCUCCCCAUCACCCAAACCAAACAAGUCGCCGGCUCCAAAACAAAAAGCGCCCCGUACCACAUCCCCUCCCAAGCCGUCCUCCCCCACAACCGCCGCCGCUGUGAAAUCCAACCCGAGCUCCGCUUCGUCCUCUGCGCCCGGCACGCCCGCCGGCGCGCCCAUCUCUGAGCUCCCACUGACGAAGCAGGUAGAGAAGCUCGCCUCGCGUCUCAACCUGCCGGUCCCCCGCUACAUUCUGACGGAAGACCCCGAGCUGAGCGAUUUCUGGAACGGCAGGGCCGAGUUUGACAACAACCCGCUCAUCCCCGAAGACCUGGGCUCCGUGAGCAAGAUCUACACCAAGAGAGCCGCGAGGGAGAAGAUGGCGCAGGGGAUUCUGGAGUGGAUGUUGGCCAAGCAAGACCAGAGGGAGCGUAAGAGGAAGACUAUGCUCGGGGAGUAG